AUAUAUAUAUAUAUAUAUGCAAAUACAUAGAUAUAAUUCAAAGUAUAUUUCGUUUCACUUCAGCCACUAAGGUACUUAAAAUUAGAAGACAUCCAUAGUGAUUGUUUUGUAAACGUUUGGAAUAUACACCACUGAAAAAAUUUAUAAAGUAGCAGAAGAAAGGACCAAUACACUUUCACAUGUUACACAUUAAAACCAUGCCUUCAAAAAAAGAAAUUGAUGAACUUUUAGAAAUCUUUCAUGAGUUGGAUAAAAAUAAUGAUGGUCAUAUAUCAAGAACAGAAUUAAUCAGCAAACUAGGCACUAAAUCUUUGGAGAGACAAAAAGUUAACGAACUAAUGGAAAUACUUGAUAUAAAUGGGGACGGUAUGAUUAGCUUCGGAGAAUACAGAUUAAUGCUUGGGCUGACGGGUCAGUCAGUUGAUGCCUGGAAACGUCUCUUUCGGAAACUGGAUAAAGAUGGAUCGGGUACACUGGAUUACCACGAAAUUUGUUCUCUCUUUGGUAAUGAAAAUUCUCCUGAAGUAAGACAGUCAGUCCGAAAUUAUAUGAAGAAAUAUGACACUGAUCGAGAUGGACGAAUAAAUCUCAAGGAGUUUUUAACAUUUGUUGCUGAACAGGCUGGAAAAGAUUCAUGAUGAUUCUACGUUAAAAACAAUUUACAGUUACCGCUAACACAUGUUAUAAGAAUAGUAAACAAAACAAGGUUGCAGAAAUAAAUGUUUUGUUUAUUUUUGUUGAACAAUGAACAAGUAUAAUUUUAUGUACAAAUAAAAGUGACAAAAAUAUAUCGUAUCAACU